GGUAGCAGCAGGCGUCGCAAGCUUUUCAUCAACUCCCGAUCGGUUAUAAGGAAAACCUAAAAGGUAUACAGAACAGCAGUCAAGUUUGCCAAGAGAGACUUUACCAAGAGAGACUUUAAAGAAUAAGUCAUAAAAUCAAAUUAGUUUCAUGCAUCUAAUUUCCUGACAGAGUUUGAAGGCUGAUGGAUGAGGAUACUUCCGUAAUUAGGCCCAGUGAUGAUGAUUCACGAAACUGUGAACCUUAUGUAGAACCCUUCAUGACGGUCAGAGGUCUGGCAUUUCUUUACACGCAAAUAUCAACUGACCAGGGCUCAGCAGACGACACCGAGUCUGACCACAGAGAAAACGAUCGGUGUGUACCUACCUUGGAUGGUGAUGAAAGUCUUUUAAUUGUAGAGGAAGGAGAUCUUCUUACAGAACAUUCCAAAGUGCACUUCGGCCCUGAAAACACACACUGUCUUUUAAGCAAUGGAAAAAGGAACGGGUGUAAGAAUGGUGACUCCAGAUGGCCUGCCGGAGCUUCACAGGACAGCUUCAGGUGCCACACCAGUAACAUCCAUCAUCUGUACUGCACGUGGCAUGGCGCUAAAUAUUGCUGUAGGGCUGACGAGUCAAACUCUGGUAAUAAAUGGACUACAGGAGAGGACAAUUUUGACAAUUGUCUCAACUAUUUGGAAUGCUCUGAUGUCAUGAAGUAUGGUGUGAAUGGAAUCUGGCACACUGCUUUGCUAGGCAGUGACCCGGUCUUUUUACUGGAAAGUGACCAGGAUGAUGAGACGAAAGUAAGCCUGGAUUCCCUACAUGAGCGUGAUCCACUCCUGAGUGAUGUGACUUGUGUGGAUGGGGCAUCGGAUUACAAUGCUUUAACUGGCCUCUGUAUCAGUCACUCAGAGCCACCAGCAGUAAAUGGAAAGGGAGACCUCUCCAGGGACAAUCCGAAAGCUCUGCAACCAGAGAUGGUGAUUAUUGUGGGGCAUCAGCAGGACAACGCUUCCAGCCUGAAAAGACAGGAGAGAUGUAGCCUUCCUCUAGCUACUGCAGCCAUCCAGAAUGACCAGGCUGGGAUUGAGGAGGAGAGUGUGGAGUAUAGGCCGGCAGGGGAUAUUUCCGCACGUACUAAACAGAGCCAUAGCAGUUCUUUCAUGGAAAUGUAUCUUGCAACCCUGUUAGAUACCUCAGUCGAAGAUCUGAUCACAAUGACUGAUGAAUCCACAGCCAAUUCUUUCAUGUAUGAUGCCUGUCCGGACGACAAGGAUAUCGAGGUCGGAAAAGGGAGAUUGGAGCUGCAAGCUGACUUGAUUAAUGAGGAAGACUCUGGAAUUCCCGCAGAACAGCUGCAAGAACAGGGAGCCAACCCAUUGUCUUUGAAGAGUGUAUCUGACCCGAGUGCAAACAGUAACAACAGCACAAAACUCCACGAGGAGGAACAAUACCUGGGGGAUGGGACAGGUGGAGGAAGAGAAGAUUCUCACAUUGCUAUGGAAUGUAUAGAUGGGAUGCACAACUCUACAACGGAUCAUAUAGAGCCGAUACAUUUUCUGAAAGAAAACAUUUGCUCCCCAGAGAGUUCUGGCCAAUCAAAUGAAGGAAGUGAGAAGAUAGAAGUAGAUGCAGAAAGACAGGGAUUGGAAGAGACCCAAAAAUGCCUAUCACAGACUGAAAACCAAAAUGGGAGAGUAAUUGUGCGAAAAUGCCAAGACGAUAUCAGUGUGACGUGUAAUAAUGUCAUAGACGAUGCGAAAUCACCUGAAUUGCUCACAGCUUUUGAAAACUGUAUAAAAAAUGAAAUUAUAGGUAAUGGCCCACAAGUUGUAGAUAAUGGAUGGGAAAUGGUCAAUACCAGUUUGCAAAUUUUGGAUGAUGGCUCGCAAAUUGUGGAUAAUGAAGCGGAAAUUGAGGCUAAUGGAUCGCAAAUUGCGAAUAACAAACUGGAAAUUGUGGCCAAUGGAUUACAAAUUGCAGAUGACAUACUGGAAAUUGUGGCUACUGGAUCACAAACUGCGGACGGCGAACUGGAAAUUGUGGCUAGUGGAUCACAAAUUGCAGUUGAAGAACUGGAAAUUGUGGCUAGUGGAUCACAAAUUGCAGAUAAAGAACUGGAAAUUGUGACUAAUGGAUCACAAAUUGCAGAAAAUGAACUGGAAAUUAUGGCUAGUGGAUCACAAAUUACAGAUAAAGAACUGGAAAUUGUGGCUAGUGGAUCACAAAUUGCAGAUAAAGAAUUGGAAAUUGUGGUUAAUGGAUCACAAAUUGCAGAAAAUGAACUGGAAAUUGUGGCUAAUGGAUCUCAAAUUGCAGAAAAUGAACUGGAAAUUGUGGCUAGUGGAUCACAAAUUACAGAUAACGAACUGGAAAUUGUGGCUAAUGGAUCACAAAUUGCAGAUAAACUGAUAAUUGUUACUACUGGAUCCCAGAUUGUGGGUAACGAACUGGAAAUUGUGACUAAGGAAUCGCUAAUUGGUGAUAACGAAAUGGAAAUUGUGGCUAAUGGAUCACAAACUGCAGAUAAAAUGGAAAUUGUGGCUAAUGGAUCACAAAUUGCAGAUAAACUGGAAAUUGUGGCUAGUGGAUCACAAAUUGCAGAUAACCUGGAAAUUGUAUCUAAUGGAUCACAAAUUAGGGAUAAUAAAUUGGAAAUUGUGGAAAGUGGGUCACACAUUGUUGACAGUGAUUCCCAACUGUGUGGGACACGGGAUAAACCUAUGUCAGACAUACAAUGCCCUGAUAGCACGCAGUUCAGCGCGACUAAUACACUGAAUAUGUGCGAGAGAAGACCCGGCUGUCUCCCCAGCAGGACUGGCUACCAGAACUCACAGGGAUGCGGAAUUACAAAUUCACUCAGCAAUGCUCAUAACAAUGUCACCACAACAGCACUGGACGAUCUGUGCGACCAAGUGACUCAGGAAAAUACCAGAAUGGAUAUGGCUGCAAAACCUGAUGUCUUAAAAGGUGCAAACAGGUGCUCGAAAACUAGCGGCCAAUCCAACGGCUUUAUGUUAGACAACAACAUUUCUGUCGAUGAUACCCUAAGAACUAGCUCAGCCCGUCACAUCAAAGCAGAGGUACCGGAGAUGAGUGCCUCGAGCCACCAAGCAAAGGACUUAAAUAUCAAGAAGAAAGUCACCCGACAUUCUUCCUUGAGCAGCAUUUGGUCUUCAUUUAAUAAAGGGGAUCAGGAAAUCAAUAGCAAAAUUGCUGUGGAAAAUUACCGAGGGGAUCUAGCUAAAAAACCUUUGAUCUGUCACAGUAAGAGCAGUGAAACUCUAAGCCUUGUGAGGAUGAUGGCUAGCAUGCAUAAUAAUUCAACCGAAAUAGCAAAAGCACCAACCCGGCGUGUCAGGGAUUACAUUCCAAAUUCCACGGAGCUGUCACAAGUGUGCAGAGCUCGGGAUACAAUCAGAGGGGCAGGGUCUGUCCAGGCUGACACCAGCACCCAAGACCAGGCUAAAGGAUCCAGCUCCUCAGCACACUUCAUGAGGUCCACAAGUCUGUGUGAGAAGAACUCAGACAGCAGAAUGGUGAAGAAGAAAUUCAAAUCGAGUGGAAAUGAGACAAAGGGUGUAAAAAAUGCGGAACUGAAGACGCUGGAUGGAAAUGAGGGCUUCCCACCAGAGGAAGGAAAAAGGGUCAGAAGGGAAAACAGCGCCGAGACAGCGACCGCUAAAGACAGUCAUAAAGCUCCCCAGUUAUUACAUAGUAUCCAGGCCGCGAUGUUUCCCGACUGUGCUGAGAACUUGAAAUUAUUUUGCCACUUUGGGGAAAUUCAUGCUGAUUCCACAGUCACCUGGACAAAGGAUUCCAAACUGCUGGCCAGGAUACACAGAAGUUCUAAAGACGAUUCCCCGGUAUCUCUCGCAAUAGUGCAGACCAGUAAGAGAGACCAGGGAUUGUAUCACUGCACUCUGAAGAACGUACAUGGAAAAGUGACCACUGAAUUUCACCUCACGGCUGAAGUGUUGGACCAGCUGACACAUAAUCAGGAUUUCGAAGGUGGAGAGGAGAUAGAAUUCAACCAGCUUUUCUUCCGAGAAGAUUUCAUCACUGACAUGUACUUUGGCGGGAACCUUCAUGGGCGGAUAACGACGGAGGACCUACACUUCGGAGAAGGAGUGCACAGGAAAGCCUUUCGGAGUAAAGUCAUGUGCGGGCUACUUCCCGUCUUUAGUCCUGGCCACUUGUGCGUGCUGAAAGUGCACAAUGCUAUAGCGUACGGAACCAAGACCAACGAUGAGCUUGUCCAAAAGAACUACAAGCUUGCCGUGCAGGAAUGCUACGUACAAAAUACUGCACGUGAAUACGCCAAGAUUUAUGCGUCGGAAGCUGAACAGCUGGAAGAAUUUGGGAAAGUUCCAGAGAUAAUCCCAAUUUUUCUUAUUCAUCGCCCGGCAAACAACAUCCCGUACGCCACAGUGGAGGAAGAGCUGAUCGGAGACUUUGUGAAGUAUUCCAUCAAAGACGGGAAAGAGAUCAAUGUGACGAGGAAGGACUCUGAUGCCGGGCAGAAGUGCUGCACCUUCCAGCAUUGGGUGUAUGAGAAGACCAGUGGGAACUUGCUGGUGACCGACAUGCAGGGUGUCGGGAUGAAGCUGACGGACGUUGGCAUAGCAACGAUAGGCAAGGGGUACAAAGGAUUUAAAGGAAACUGUGCUGUAUCAUUCAUCGACCAGUUUAAGGCCUUGCACCAAUGCAACAAAUACUGCGAAAUACUGGGCUUAAAAUCCCUAAGGCCUAGCAAUCCAAAACUGAAGAGGCAAAAUUCAGGGAAAGAGAAAGCCCAGCCAAUCCCAAGCACCUCUCGGAAAGGUCGCCACAACACGAAGGCGAAAAACAAGACAUAACGAGAACUGUCCUGUACCCUGAGACUUUGCCUUUUCCUGCAGGACCUACUGGCACUGGCGAGUUGUAACAAAGUGACAAGGACGCAUACAAAUCAGUUAUACAGUAGCUGCGUGGAUGUAGUGCUGCCUGCUAUCCUGUUAUAAUUAUCAUUAUUGAUGUUACACACUAAUCAGGGGCAUAUUUAGGAGAAGAGAAAAUGUAAUAAGGAUUGCUGCGCCCUCUACAGGGUGGACUGAGAACAGCACCUGUAUGGUAAUACUAGUCCUGAUAUUGAUGCAUUGCUGUGAUAAUCAAGAGCUGCUGAACGCAAGGCAAAAAUGCCACCAGGAAUUUUAAUUGCAUAGUGCGCUAUUCAAGGGUUAUGCAGAGAAUCACGUAUGCAUGUACAUGAGCAUUUUACAGCCAAACACCUAACGAGGUAAAUAUUUAGCAGAACUGUUUUCAAGUCAUUAUUGAGAAAAGCAGAAUGACCUAUCUACCGUCCAGUAUGAUGCCGUACAGUGACACGUUAUAUCUCCUGGUGAUUCUCUCCUGCUGUCUGCAGUUCUGGACACCAGAUGUGGCUAGAGUGCUGGUCAUUCCUUUAUACACGGUUCCUCAGAACAGCAUAGAAUGUCCAGCGCUCAAUAUCUCAGUAGGUUUCUGCUGUAGACCUGGUGAAUGGAACCAUUGUACGAAUGUUAAGGGUUGAUGUAUCAAACAACCAAUCAGCAUCAAGGUAGCAUUUAUCAAGUACACCCUAUAAAAUGAUAGGUAGAUUGGUUGAUGUGGGCAACUUCCCUACUCUUCCCCUUCUCGUUUGAUUCCUGGGGUAGUGAAAGGGACAUAGGUGAUGCAAUUUGCUGACAUGUUUUACAUUUUAUAUUUGUGAGUCUAUUUAUUCAUUAGUUGUAUUUCAAUUCUUCUGCAUGUUAUUUAUCCAAAUUGAGCACAUUGUCUGUUCCAUGAUGAAAUCCAGGUUAUCACCCACUGAAGUAAUUGCUGCAAAGCUGUAACGUUUCCCCAGAAUGCCAUGUUUAGGACAUUUAAAUAAUUGACCACCCGUUAUCACCAUGUUUGUACAACUCACAAGAGCAAAAUAGUGAAACCACAAAAAAUAUAUUAAUUAUCCUUAAUAUAUUAUUAAGAUCGUUAAUCUACAGCAUAAUUGAAUGUUUGUGAGGAAAACACUAUUCUGUUUAUGGCAAAGUUUGGAAACAAUUGUCUUUUGCAAAGAAUUGUCUGCAACAAAGGGCGUAUGUAUAAUUGUUUAACAUUAAGCCAAAUUAUGGAAACCUUUACAAAUUCACCUGUGGAUCCAUUUGCCUAUUGCUUUAACUCAAAGGAAAUUUGCAUCAAAUAAUGCAAGUAUUUAUUUAUUAAUUAACAUUUACUUAUAUAGUUCUAGCAUAUUCCAUUGUGAUUUACAAUAGUAAGGUCAAUAUUUCGCCCUUUCACAUUGUAUACUAGGCAGUAAAAUAUGUUCGGGAUACUGGGAAAAUAGUGAUGAGCGGGUUCGGUUUUACUCGGUUUUACUCGGUUCUCAAACGGCAUCUUAUUGGCUAUCCAAAACACGUGACAUCCGUGAGCCAAUAAGAUGCCGUUUUGAGAACCGAGUAAAACCGAGUAAAACCGAACCCGCUCAUCAGUGGAAAAUAAAUGGUCAAUUUCUGUAACGUUGGAAGAAAUGGACAAUUUAUACCAUUUCUAUACUGUAUUCAGAUCCUGGCUAAUCCACCCAUGCAUCCCCUGUUAGGCAGGACCCCCCAACCAAAUCUUUAGGCCAUCCCCCAAUUCACUAGGCCACACCUUAAUGAAUUGUUGGCAUCUAGAGAGCUGAUUAUAAAUAGUAAGAGAGUUGUGAGAGAUUAACUGCAAAAACAAUGAGGCUCAUUUAUCAACAAACUAUAAAACACGUGAAUGAUAAAACUCGUUGCUUAUGAUAAAUAGUUCUCAAGCCAAUCAGCUCCUAGCAGUCAUGUGUUCAGCUCCUGUCAUGUGUCUGAAAAAUGACAAUUGAGAGCUGAUUGGCUGGGGCACCAUUUAUCAUAUGCAACAAGUUUUAUCAUUCACAACGAGCUUUUUCAAUCGUUGAUAAAUGGGCCCCAAUGUGUUUCUCAUUAUUGCAUGAUAGGAUGCAGUGUGGACGUUCGGUGUGAGAAAACCCACAGGACAGUGUUAAUGUUAUGUCUGUCUAUUUUUAUUUCCAUUCACGUAUAAAAAAAACAAAAACAAUCAAAAA